GUGGUUUCUUUGGCUUUGCUUCCAUUUUAAUUUCAUUCAAUCAAUCUAGCUAGUUGCUCUCGGUUGCCUCCUGCCGUGCCGGUUCCAUUUGGCUUUCCUUUACUCUUUUGAAAACCCAAAUAAUAUUAAAAAUGUCAGUCCAGACUUUGCUGUUAGACUUUUCGAUCGAACCCGCACGUUUGGGUGACGAAAACGGUCAAAAAACAGUGUUUGGACAACUGGAAACAGUUUUGAAAGAUUACAUCCCGAAUCUUAUUUUAGCCGCUGAUAUUAAUAUAGAAGGUGGGUCCUUGAAACUGUUAACUGGGAAGAAAGGCACGACCGUGUCUGUGCGCCUGUUCGACCGAGGCCUCGUCACUGUAAAUAUUGAAUAUUAUAAGGAGGAAUCGGAGGACCCAUUAAUAAGCUUCAAGUCGGCGAGAGUAUUGGAAAGUCAGCUGAAAAAAUACAUCAGCAAUGUUUUAAAAUCGCAAGCUUACACUCCGAUUAAACGGUGCCUGUUUGGCAGGUACUACCCAACCUCAGAUGAGCGCCUCCUGGAGUACGACAUUGAUGGAGUCGUAUUUGAUGAACAGUCACCUUUCCAAAGGGUGCAAAUUGUGCACUCCAAAUCUCUUGGGAACAUGUUGGUGCUUGAUGACUUACAGAAUAUUUCUGAAGCCGAUCUGAUUUAUACCGAGACACUGAUGCAGAGAGGCAAGGAGUCGUAUGAGGGGAAGGAAAUUGUAAUUUUGGGUGGUGGAGACGGCGCCCUGCUCUACGAACUUCUGAAGGAGAAGCCUAAAUACGUGUGGAUGCUGGAAAUCGACGAGUGUGUAAUGAACGCGUGCAACAAGCAUCUGAAGUCGAUCUGCGGCGACGUGCUUGAGCGACGACAGGGCGAUAACUAUGAGAUAAUCGUCGAGGAUUGCAUGCUUACCAUCAACAAGUUUAUCAAGGAAGGCAAGAAGGUCGACUACAUCUUCGGCGACCUCACUGACAUCCCGAUUUCGGAGUCUGCCUGCGGCGAGCUUUGGGAAUUCAUGAUUACGAUUCUCGAAGCUUCGUUUAAGAUAUUAAAGCCCAACGGGAAGUUUAUGACGCAUGGAAACGGAGCAACUUCACGAGAAUCGUUAUUACUAUACGAACAAGAACUAAUGAAACUAAAGCCGCCGGUCAAAUACAGCAAGAGCAAAGCCUUCGUACCGUCCUUCUUGGAAGACUGGAUCUUCUACCAAAUAUCCUUCAAAAAUAGUGAUAAAGGAGACGCGUAACAUCUCCUCAUUACCAAAGAAUGUUCCUGUAAAGUAUUCCUAUUACUAAGUCAUGUUAACGACAUAAUUUUAAGUUUAGAACAGUACAUUAUUAUUAGGUCAACCACACGAUGUAGUAUUAGUAGUGUAGAAUGUUCCUCAAAUCGUAUGCGGGUGCUUUUUAGUAUUAAAUUGUGUUUGUACUCGAAUGUACAACACAUUCGGCGUGACACGUUUUUGUAUACGAAUGUACUUAUUUCCAAACUGGUUGUAUCACAACUAUGCGUUUUGACUAAAAUAAUGUUUUUCUGUUACAUUUCUUGACGAUUUGUGCUUGUUUCUCGAAUUGUUUUGUAAUUAAAUUGUUUUAUUGGAA